GAAGAACCAAAGCAGUCGAGGUAAAGUACCAGGAAAACUAAGUCCAGGAUUUAGAGAGAUGCAGUGAUCACGUCUUCAAACCUUUUUCAUGUUGUGAGUUGCAGGAGGACGAAGCCCCUGAGGAGUCCCCAAGCUGAAGUUUAGAGCUGCAAAGGCCCUUUUUCCAAACCACCACCAUGCCGGAGCUGAACUGUUCCCACGAUGCUCUUUUUACGUCUGGGGCCGCAGUUCUCAGUGACGUGGGCUGCCCCGAGGCCGCCGUGGUGUGCGGGAUGAAUAUCUCCUGGGUGCUGGCCAAGGCUACUGAGCAAGAUUUAGACGACGUGUGUUUGAGUGAGGAGGAGUACCUGGCCAGGCACCUGGGGCCCCUGCGGUCCCCCGUGUUCUCCCCCGUCUGUGUCACCUACCUCACCAUCUUCGUGGUGGGCGUCCUGGGCAAUUCGUUGACGUGUGCGGUCAUCCUACGCUACAGGGUGAUGCAGACGCCCACCAACUACUACCUGCUGAGCCUGGCGGUGUCUGACCUGCUGGUGUUGCUGCUGGGCAUGCCGCUGGAGCUCUACGACAUGUGGCAGAACUACCCCUUCCUGCUCGGGGAGGGGGGCUGCUACUUCAAGACCUUUCUGUUCGAGACCGUUUGCUUCGCCUCGAUCCUCAACGUGACCGCGCUCAGCGUGGAGCGCUACAUGGCGGUGGUCCACCCGCUAAAAGUCAAACACGUGACCACGCACGCUCACGUCAGGAGGGUCAUCUUCCUGCUGUGGGUUCUGUCCAUGAUGUGUGCUGUGCCAAACACCAGCCUGCAUGGGAUCAUGGUGCUGCCUCCGAGGUUUGGACGACAGUUUCCUCGAUCUGCAAUCUGCCAUGUGGUCAAGCCCACCUGGAUUUACAGCCUGAUCAUCCUGAUUUCCACGCUGGUCUUCUUCCUGCUCCCCAUGCUGAUAAUCAGCGUCCUCUACCUGCUCAUUGGCUUGCAGCUCCGCAGGGAGCGGAUCCUGACCGUGGUGGACACCACGCUUAGGGUCCCCGGGUCCCACAGACAGAAGAUGAGCAAACGCAACAUGCAGGUCACCAAAAUGUUGUGUGUGUUGGUGGUUGUGUUCGGCCUCUGCUGGGCCCCCUUCCACAUGGACCGCCUGAUCUGGAGCUACAUCGACACAUCCUCCCAGCAGCACCUCAAGAUCUUCGAGCAAGUCCAUAUCAUCUCUGGAGUUUGCUUCUACCUGAGCUCUGCCAUCAACCCCAUCCUCUACAACCUCAUGUCCACCCGGUUCAGAGAAAUGUUCAGUCACAUGACGUGCUAUACGAACAGCUGGCCGAUCCGCUCCAGCUUACAGAUGACCAAACGCAGCACACUGAGCGAGAACAUACCCAACCCUGUGAAAUGGAUUUAGGGUUGUUCUGAGCCCAACGGAGUGGGAGAACGAACAGACGGGGUGACAAAUAAAAAGAAAUACGCGAGUGAAGGAAUGCGACGAAUAUAGGACAUCAGUUGUGAUGGUUUGACGUGAUUGGCAGUGGUAAAUGGACUGCAUUUAUAUAGUGCUUUUGUCAUAUAGACCACUCAAAGCGCUUUACAGGAAAGUCACAUUCACCCAUUCACACACAUUCAUACACGGUCAGAAGAGCCGUCAGAGGCAAGUGAGGGUUAAGUGUCUUGCCCAAGGACACAACGGCAUGUAGACUGGCGGAAGCUGUGAUCGAACCACCAACCUUCAAUUCGAGAGUGGAUUUUCACUCCUACCCCGUCCGAAAAGCUUGGUAGACUAAAACAAUCCUCCCAAUGGCUCCUGUACCUUUACAUGUCAUACAAAUGGUGAACAGAGUUUUAACACCAUCACAUUUGUAUCAUAGGAACUUCUCCUAAAUGUAGGACUUGCUUGAAAUCUCUGACAGUGUGGUACACAGAUUGUCGUGCUUUACUUUGUGGUUGCAACGCUGGCUUCACCCAAUCUAAGUGACAAUGGCUGCACCAUGUAUUGUCAAAUCCACACAAAUCAUGCAACGGUCAGGUGGCUGCCAGCAACCAACCAGAAACCAUGCAGCUAUCAGAGAA